AGGCAUGUACAUUAGAGGACCUUUGCUUCGGUUUGACGCUUUCAGGGCGAGUCUGAAGUGUGGGAGGUUUGCAGAGAGAGCCGAUCGCCGUGCCCAUUCGCCACGUACUUGACGUUGACUGACAUACAUUCUGCACGUCACACAACGUCUACACAAAUAUCUGGUCAUACUUUGUUCAAGAGAUCCUCACAUCUGAUCCAAAAAGUUGGCAAAAUGCUCGUCGACUGACCACAUGCAGCAACUCUCCCGGGUCGGGGCUGCAGUCUGCGCUGGCCACACGAGAAAAAGCCCCAGAUCACGAGGAAGACAUGGCCCCAGAACACGAUGAAUCUGUGGAGACGCUCAGUGGUGAUGCGUUUGUGGGCUACAACGAGUGGGCGGCUGAGACGCUAAAGGUGCGGAUUGCCACUGAUUUCGUCUACGAGACUCAGGACGGCGCCUGUGCGUCCGAGCGCGGCGUGUUCAUCGCCGAAGACGUGACGCCGCACACGGAGGUGUUCAGUAUCCCGCUGGACUCGGUAUUGUCCGUCAAGAGUCUGCAGGAGAUCUCUGCGUUGCAGAACAUCGCGUUCUUCCAGCAGCUCACACCUGAGCGUGAAGACGAUCAAUUGGCCCUCGCGCUGCUGUACGAGAAAUUUGUGCAAGGUGACAAGUCGAAAUGGGCCAAACAUAUCGAGCUGUUACCUAAAACAUACCACAAUGCACUCUACUUUGAGCAGGAAGAGAUCAAGGCGCUGGAAGGCAGCAACUUGUUCUUCAUUGCUCAGCAGAUGGAGAAGAAAGUGGCUGCGGAUUAUACCAGUUUGAAAGAAACGGUGCUUCUCGAACUCUUUGAAAAUAUCACGGAGGGAAUUACCGUUGAUUUAUUCGAUGAUUUCUUCUCCUUGGACAACUACAAGUGGGCGUUGUCAACGAUCUGGAGUCGCUUCGUAUCACUACGGCUGGAUGAGGCGCCUUCGAGUAAGGAUAGCAGUAGUUCUGUUCCGGUAGCUAAGCAGUCGUUCAAGGCGAUGGUUCCGGUGUUCGACAUGUUAAACCACGACCCAGAAGCCGAGAUGUCCCACUUCUUUGACAUGGAUACUCAGCUCUUUAAGCUCGUGAGUCAUCAGCAUUGGAAUGCUGGCACACAGAUGUUCAUCAACUACGGACCGCUAUCGAACCAUAAGCUGCUGUUGUUGUAUGGCUUCGUUAUCAUCGGAAACCCGUUCGAUGCUGUGGAAAUGUGGCUCCCGAUGGACGAAGCGUCCACAAAGUUUUACCUCGAGAAGGAACAAUUCCUCCUGAUUAACGGGUUGGAUCACGCUACCAACCCGUUUGAGCUUGUGGCAGAAGAGACCAAUGAUCUGCUUCUUAUGGCUACACGGAUACAGGAGAUCGACUGCGAGACAGUUGAGGAGUUUGAAAUACUAGCGAACAAGGCGUUGGAUGGAGAAAUGGUGAGUCUGGAAAACGAGCAAGAAGCACUCACGCGUCUGAUCUACACUCUGGAGAAGAUGCUGGAGACUUUCCCGACCUCGAUCGAGGAGGACGAUGAGCUGCUGGAGUCCUGGGAAGACGACUUGGUGCAGCACGGAGAUGAGCAGAGCGACACUUUGAAUCACGAGCGGAUGGCUGUUGCUGUUCGUCGGUCAGAUAAGUACAUUCUCACUGAAAACAUCAGCAUGCUGAAGUGGAAGCUAUUGGACAUUCUGCCACAGAAUUAGAGUGGUUAGCAUUCAAUUUAACGAAAUACAGUCAUCAACAUCGUCUCUAUGAAUCACUGUUAUCCCCCCCCGG